AGUCAUCUUGACUACAACUUCAGCUAGAACAGGCGAAAAUUGCUCGAAUUGGAUCCUUUUGGUUACCAGAAUUCAAGCGCAUCGCUUGAAAGAGAAGGAUAGUGAAAGACGGGCGGUGAACUGCAUGCAAGCAGCAAACGUCACGUCUUGAUCCAUAAGGAGAGCAACAACUAACGCUAGAACUUGUCUGACCGAAGUAGCUGCUCAAGCUCUCGGAUCGUCAAAUUGUUCGCACGCCAGCCAAUCCACGGCUCUUUCGACGCCAUGGAUGAGCCAGCGUGCAAGAAGUUGAAAGUUGAUUCUGCACCUUGCGCAGACUAUGAAGCUGGAGAUAAUUUGGAUGGUUUGAGUGAGCUCGAAAAAUUAGAACCUUUGCCACAAUCUGGGCACAUUGGUGGCGAUGUACCGACCACUUCACAGUCCACAAUGCCAGCUCCGAUGCCACCAGCGGGUUAUGGCCAAGCUGGAGGAGGUCAACCGGGCGGACAACCUUCUCAGGGUGGUCAGCAACAGUCUGUUUUACAGGAGUUGUUAAUGACCCAAACGCAAGGGCCAGCUGCAAACAAUUCACCAAGACCUGCAUUUUCGACAGCACAAACAGCGAAUAACUUUAACACAAGGAGUCCUAUGACGGGUGCUACGAUGAUGUCUCCACCUAACGCAAAUAUGGCUGGAGCAGGGCGAGGGGCGGGCGGCCCCGGACCCUCUCCUGGAGGACCAGCGGGUGGACCUCCUGGAGGCCCAAUGCGUGCCCCUGGUCAGGGACCGCCCGUCAUGUACGAUGGAAUGCAAAUGGCUCCACAGCAACCGCAAUAUGGACAACCUAUGAUGAGCGGUGGACCACAAGGCCAAAUGCGGGGUUAUCCUGGUCAAUACGCACCUCAGGGCGCACCUAAUCAGAUACCUUAUCCUGGGCAAGGACGAGGGCAAGCCAUCCCAAGAGGUGGUAUGAUGAACGGAGCACAUAUGCAACGGCCGCCUCAAAUGGCACCUCCGGGUCGACCAGGAAUGCCACAAAUGAUGCCAGGUAUGAUGCGGCAUCCGGGUAUGAUGGAGCAACCUUUCAAUCCCAAUGCACCUUUCCAAGGACAACGGCCUGAUCAAUUCAUGGGUGGUCCACCUCCUCAGGGCUUUAUGAAUAGACAACCUUACCCCGGUAUGAUGCCAGGUCAUCCUGGACCACCGCAGGGACCACCGAUGAUGAUGAUGGAUCCGUCACAAUCGAAUGGACCUCAUCAAAUGCCUAAUCGACCGCCUGGCGCUGCUGGACCGACACAACAACCUCCGGGAAUGAUGCAAAUGCCAAAUGGAGGUCCUCCUGCUGGUCAGCAACCUCAUCCACACCAGCAAAUGCCGGGCGCACCUGUCUCUCAACCUCCCCAACGAACUGGUGGAACUCCUUUGACUCCUGGGACUCAAGAUCCAGAGAAGCGCAAGUUGAUACAACAACAGCUAGUGUUGUUAUUACAUGCUCAUAAGUGCCAGCAACGGGAACGGAACCCUGCUGAAGCAGCGAAUGGCCGAACGCCUUGUAAUCUGCCUCAUUGUAACACGAUGAAGGAAGUGCUACAACAUAUGACCAUCUGCCACAAUGGAAGACAGUGCACAUAUGCUCACUGCGCAUCAUCUCGACAGAUUAUUGCUCACUGGAAGAACUGUAAUCGUGACGACUGUCCUGUUUGUAAACCUCUAAAGAGCAUACAGAAUCAACCGUCGGCGGCUGGAACGCUGCAAGAUAUGAGCCAAUUGUUAGGACCAGGAUCCGUGGGAGCACCUGGGUCUGUAGGAGGUAGCAGUAUGGGCCCAGGAGGCCCGCAAUCCGUAGAUCCCAUGGCUCAGUUUGGAUCUCCAGCCCCGGCGUCGAACACGGGUGGUGGAGCGAAUGCAGCACCUGCAGGACCUGGUAGCGUACCUGGAGGGCCACAUAGUGGACCCAUGUCCGCUGCUGGUUUGCUCAAUGAUUAUAAUCCUCCCAUGAAUGAUCCUUUCCGUUCACCAAACCCUCCCAACAAACACGCUGGUCCAGGAUCUGUUGGCGCUGCUCCAGGUGGACCCCACCAUGGAAUGAUGGCCAGAGCACCUGGCGACUUCUCAACCAUCAACUUCCCACCCCCUGAUGUACCUAGUCAUGCGAAGGAAUGGCAUCAACAUGUCACCCGCGAUCUCCGUAACCAUCUUGUCGGCAAGCUAGUGAAGGCAAUAUUCCCGUCCCCAGAUCCAAAUGCGAUCCAUGACCAACGAAUUCGUGAUUUGAUUAAUUAUGCGCGGAAAGUUGAAAUGGAAAUGUUCGAGUCAGCCAACGAUAGGGAGGAAUAUUAUCACUUGUUGGCGGAGAAAAUCUACAAGAUCCAAAAAGACCUGCAGGAUAAGAAGAACUCAAGGCUUCGAGCUGAUGGAGGCGGACAGGGAGGCGGUGCAGCAGGAGGAGGUCCUGCAGCCGGUUCGUCUGCUCCACCUCAAUCUGCACCAAAUGCUGGACAACAACAGCAAAGUGCAGCUAGUGGUGGUGGCUCCUCUGAAGACUUUGACAUGGAUAUGCCAAAUCCGCCAAAUCGGACUGCUGGCACCACACCGUUACCGCCUGGGUUACAGACAGCGCAGCAGCAACAGCAACCGCCACAUUCACAGCAACCGCAUCAACAACAUGGUGUUGGUUGGACGAGUGCCAGUGGUAGUGGUCCUAUGUCGGCUCCGGAUCCACGAGCUCAACAGCAACGGUCGCAAGAAAGACUUGGAGCGCAAUCGAAUAGUAGUCAUGGAUCGGCGGCUGGAACACCAUUGGUCAAAAUGGAGUCAAUGGACACCAGUGACCAGAACGGCCCGAUGUCAACUUCCUCAACGAACGGUUUACCUCCCGCGCUAGUCAAAUCUGAGUCCAAAAUUAAGAUGGAGGAAGGUUGUUCAGUUGCCCCGGGACCAUCGUCAGGAGCAGUUGUUCCAACUUCUACUGCUGUAAAAACAACUAAGCCUGACUCCACAUCAUCGCCGAAAAAGGAAGUGGUCAAGCGAGAACCUACACCACCACCUGGAGAAGACACGAUCUUUGACGCCAACGAGUUGCGGCACUAUCUACGGCCAGUUUGGGAGAAGUUGGAUUGCUCGGAAGACGCCAUACCAUUCCGUAUGCCUGUUGAUCCGGAUUUACUGCAUAUACCUGACUACAACGAUAUAGUGAAACACCCAAUGGAUUUGUCUACGAUUUGCGGAAAACUGGACAGUGGUCGUUAUAAGAAUCCAUGGGAGUUCUGCGAUGAUAUGUGGUUAAUGUUCGACAACGCCUGGAUGUACAAUAGAAAAAACAGCAAGGUGUACAAAUAUUGCACAAAGCUGAGUGAAAUGUUUGUGGCUGAAAUGGAUCAAGUUAUGCAGCAGAUGGGAUAUUGUUGUUCACGGAAGUUGUCAUUCACACCUUUAGCAUUGUUUUGCUAUGGUGCAUCGAUGUGUACGAUUGCAAGGGAUCAGCCAUAUUGGGUGUACGAACAAACGUCGUCACAAUACGGCGUCACUGUGUCAGAGCGAUACACCUACUGUUUGAAGUGCUUUGAUGCAUUGCCGCCUGAAGGCAUUUCAUUGUCGGAAAAUCCGAACGACCAGUCGAACAUGGCACCAAAAGACAAAUUUGUGCAAAUGAAGAACAAUGUGAUCGAUUAUGAACCGUUCGAAGUGUGCAAAUACUGCCAUCGAAAGUGGCAUAGGAUCUGUGCGCUGUAUGACAAGAAGGUGUUUCCUGAAGGUUUCAUUUGUGACACGUGUCGCAAGGAGAAGAGUUAUCCGAAACCAGAGAACCGAUUUACGGCGAAACGAUUGCCGCACAACAAGUUGUCGCAGUUUUUGGAAGACCGCGUGAACAACUACCUGAAAGGUGCACUCCAAAACAAUCCCAAUCAGUAUGAAGUUAUCAUUCGAACGUUGUGCGUGCAAGACAAAGAAGUGGAAGUGAAGCCGCUGAUGAAGCAGAAAUAUGGUCCACAAGGUUUCCCCGACAAAUUCCCUUACCGAACGAAGGCUGUGUUCGCUUUUGAAAUCAUCGACGGUGUUGAAGUGUGCUUCUUUGGUCUCCAUGUCCAAGAAUAUGGCAGUAAUUGCAAGGAGCCCAAUGCAAGGCGGGUGUACAUUGCUUAUUUGGAUUCGGUACACUUUUUCCAACCAAGGGAACUCAGAACAGAGGUUUAUCACGAGAUACUUCUUGGAUACCUUGACUAUGUCAAGCGACUUGGCUACACUAUGGCCCAUAUUUGGGCUUGUCCACCAUCCGAAGGUGAUGACUACAUCUUCCAUUGCCAUCCUCCUGAACAAAAGAUCCCAAAACCGAAGAGGUUACAGGAUUGGUACAAGAAAAUGCUGGAGAAGGGUGUAGGCGAAAAGACAGUGGUUGAGUUCAAGGAUAUUUACAAACAGGCACGUGAUGACAACCUGACAACGCCCAUGAGCCUGCCAUACUUUGAAGGAGAUUUCUGGCCAAAUGUGAUUGAGGAUUGCAUUAGAGAGGCUGGAAAUGAGGAAGCUCAAAGGCGAAAAGAAGCUGCAGAAGGUGAAGAGGAUGACGAUGAUGUUUUCCAAUCUGGUGAUAAUGGCAAAAAGAAGAGUUCCAAAAACAAGAAGAACAACUUGAAGAAGAAUUCGAAGAUGAAUAAGAAGAAGCAAGGUAACUCAACUGGCAAUGAAGUUGCAGACAAGCUAUAUUCACAGUUCGAGAAGCAUAAAGAGGUGUUCUUCACCAUUCGUCUCGUCACACAACAGUCGGCUCUUUCUUUGCCUGACAUUGUCGAUCCGGAUCCACUCAUGGCAUCAGAUAUGAUGGACGGAAGAGAUACAUUCCUCACUCGAGCUCGUGAUGAACACUGGGAGUUUAGCUCGUUGAGAAGGGCCAAAUAUUCCACCCUGGCCCUUUGCCAUGCUUUACACGAAUCCGAUGUCAACAAAGAAAUGUCCUACACUUGCAACAAAUGCAACAGUUCGAAUGCGAAAUGGCAUUGUACUACUUGUGACGAUUUCGAUCUCUGUGAAACUUGCCGCGAAUCCGUUCCGCAUGAACAUCCUAUGGAACAGAUCAAACCACUUAUUGGAGCUGAAAGUGGUGAUUCCAGUGGUAGCAAUCGUUUCGAAAGCAUACAGCGUUGCAUCCUCUCUUUGGUGCAUGCUUGCCAAUGCAGAGACGCGAAUUGUCGUCGUGUAUCUUGUCACAAGAUGAAGCGUGUAGUGCAGCAUACGAAACUGUGCAAGAAACGAGUCAAUGCCAGUUGUCCUGUGUGCAAGCAACUGAUUGCAUUGUGCUGUUACCAUGCAAAGCAUUGCCAAAGAGAUUCAUGCUCGGUGCCGUUCUGUAUGAACAUCCGACAGAAGUUGGCCGAACAGAAGCGUUCGAUUGCCAGACGUGCCGACAUGAUGAUGCGAAGGCGUAUCGAUGGACUUCAAGCUGUUGCUGGAGGACCGUCCGCAUCAGGCGCUGGAGCAGCACUAGUGGGUCCAACAUCUGUACCGACGCCGCCUCCUGACAAUAAACCAUUUUCGGGGACCCAUAUGAAGGGAGGAAUGCCUGGUCCAAGCCCACUGACUCAAGUCCCAUCAAUGUCCAUGCAGCCACAUCCACAACCAGGGCAACAUCCUCAGCAACAAAGAGGUGGAUUCAUGUCAUCUGGCAUGAUGCCACCACAACAACAGCAACAGCCCCAACCUGGAAUGCAACAAAUGGGACAAGGGAUGCCUGCUGGAAUGGGUGGACCGAUGGGAGCCUCAAAUAUGUACAGUAUGCAGCAACAGCAACAACAGCAACAGAUGGGAAUGAUGGGACAAAUGCGACCCGGACAACAUCCAGGCGGCCAGCCUAUGCCCGGACCUGGUGGCCGGGGAGCUACCGGACAACCUCCUCCACCAUACCAUCAUCGCGCUCCAACUCCAAUGGUUGGUUUCAACACGAACCCACCUAUGAUGCAGCCAGGAAUGCAAAUGCAUCCGGGCAUGGGACAGAUGAGAGGACAACCCGGUGGUGGGCCAAUGCAACCGCAACAGCAGCAACAACCACAGCAACAAGGUAACCCUGCUGUAAUCGACCCGGCCAUGGCACAAGUGAUGAGUCGGUUAAAAAUGGCAAAGACGGAUGAAGAGAAGACUUCGGUGUUCCAAGAACUGAAGAAGACACCACAUUUGUUUGCUGCAUUCAUCAAAAUGAAGCCCACUCCUGAUAGCAAUUGGCCAUCAAAUAUGGGUCCAGGAGGUCCUGGUGGUCCUCCACAACAAGGUUAUUACGGUGGUCCACCACAGGGUGCUCCCCGAGGACCCGGAAGUCAAUAUGCGCCAAUGGCACCUGGAUGGCAACAACAACAGCAAUAUCAUCCACAACGGCAACAACAAGGAGCGUCACCGGCCAUUUCUGGACAACAGUUCGGUGUUGGUCAGGGUCGAUCGCCAUCGAUGGGCAUGGGAUCAUCGCCAAUGUUGCCACCACAACAAGCUGGUCAACCCGAUCAAUCAGGGCAAUUCCGGUGACAAACUAAUUAGGUCCAGAAUCUACGAUAGUGUUCGGUAGCCGUCGUCGUCGUAUUAUCCCCAGAUUACGAGUAUCUCCCUAUUCGCCGAGUUUUCCUCGAAUACUGUGCUUUACUGGUGAGGAAGACAAGCUGCGAGCCUUUCAAAAAUGCAUGGUGAUCCAUAAAUCAGAACAAAGAAAAUUAAGAAGAGAAUUACUCUUUACUGUACUGUGAUAUAGAGAGGCGAGUAGCGGGUGCUGGGUCACCCGUAAUAUCUACGCCAUGUCUGUGUUAGAGCAUCUUAUAUGGUUGUUGUCGUUGUUAUCAUUUGACAAGUCCAUCCCCCUCCCACUUCACAUCUACGUCAUCUUCUGCUGUUUUCUUAUUUUCUUGAACUUGUGAAUCCUCCAGUCGCAUCUGCGCGUUGUCGUCAUCUCUCAUCUGCCCGUUUUUACCAUUGUCUGUAUAAUAAGGGUUACGUGUAUAAAUCGAAGCUAGUGUGUGUGUCUGCAUGUGGUUUGCGUGUGCGCAUUCGUUGUGUUACUUUAGGGUCCAUCGGGUCCGUUAUUUUUCCAGAUUUUGUACUUGUAUUACUCUAGCACAUUACUCUCGUACUCCUUUUCAUGCUAUAUAUUUUUUACCUCUGACGCAAUCAUUAUUGAUUCACUAAUCGAUUGUUCUGUCAGCUCGUUGAUUUUUGACAUAUGAUCCCUCCACUCCCCCAGUAUUCAACCACAUCCAAAAUUCGCUCAUUUACGUUUAGGCAGCUUUCGGUUGACGUCAUUGCGAGGUGUUUUUUCUUAUUGUUAUAUGUUGUGUUUGAUUUAUCCAUUGUCUAGUUAUUGCUACAGUCUGCAUUUGUUCUCUCCAUUUCCUUUCCCCAACUGAACCUUUCUUCGAGCGCGGUUGCUGCACAACAGGUCGCAAAGCAUCUAAAUAUCUAUGUUUAACCAUAUUUGCUUUGUUCAUUUCCAUUUGUGUACAUUUGCAUUGUGUAGUCGUAGAAAAGUAGUAAAAGAGUUUCAUCUUGAACUCUUCUAAUUUUCAUACACUAAUAACAUGUAUUUGUUCAAAUCAAAAUGUAUUGAACGUUGUUGGUCGAGUAGUGUAUGCGCGAUUUUAUCAAAACGAUCAUGUUCGCUGCUUGCUCAACCUCUCCCUCCUAUCAUGCCCCCAUCUAAUUACAGUAAUCUUGGUAGUAUUAGGACAAUACUGUACAUCCACAGUACAUACAUCUUUCCCCUUUAAUUGUUGUGGUAGAAUGUAUUCACGAGUGCAUGUUUUCGGUGGUCUCUGUCUCAUCCUUCAUAACUAGGCUGUAACCGCGCGCGCUAGCCAUUUUCCUAUCGUCAUUUCGUGAUUUUUCAUUUGGUUUUCUUUAUUGUUGUUGUUGAUAAUGUCUUACGAUGCGUUUUUGUGCGUCUUGUGUGUGAAAUAUAACGCAAGCAGCGUUAGUGCUCCAAGCUGCGCAUACCGCUAAACCGCCCAUUAACGCUAUGCGACGCUAAAGCACUAAACGCUUGACACCAUGAAAGGGCACCAUGAUCUUGGAUACAUUAUUCAUACCCUGAGUGUAUAUUGAAGCGAGAUUUAUAUCACUAUUGUAUUAUUUAUUAUUGUUUUCUUUUAUUAUGAGCCACAAUAAAUUUCUAAAUUUC